GUUUACUCUGGAGGAUGGCUGUUUAUUUGAUGUUUUUGUUUGUAAUCCGAUCGCGAGAACGAUAUGGCCCUUCCUGCAAGGAAUCUCGCUGCGGUUGCCUCUAUAGGACUUCGGUCGGUGCGCCAUUCCAGCUCCUCGCCAAAGGUCGCUCUAUUGGGUGCCUCUGGUGGCAUUGGACAGCCCUUAGGUCUUCUACUAAAGCAGGAUAAUUUGGUAAAACAUCUAGCUUUAUAUGAUGUUGUCAACACCCCUGGUGUCGCAGCGGAUCUUUCACACAUUGAUACUAAUGCUAAGGUGACCGCUCAUACUGGACAAGGAGAGCUUGCUGCUGCUGUUGCUAACGCUGAUAUAGUGGUGAUCCCAGCUGGUGUUCCCCGUAAACCGGGAAUGACUCGAGAUGAUCUCUUCAACACCAACGCUGGUAUUGUCCGAGACCUGGUCGAUGUUGUUGCUGUGGAAGCUCCAAAGGCUUUGAUUGCUGUUAUCACUAAUCCGGUAAAUUCCACAGUCCCCAUCGCAUCUGAAGUGAUGAAAAAACAUGGCGUUUACGAUAAAAAUCGAAUCUUUGGAGUCACCAUGCUCGAUGUUGUCCGUUCACAGGCGUUUGUUGCCCAGCUCAAGAACCUCGAUGCUACAAAAACUGUUGUGCCUGUUGUUGGUGGUCAUGCUGGAAUAACCAUCAUUCCUCUUCUUUCACAGGUCACACCGAAGGUAAGCUUUACGGAGGAUGAGAUUCUGAAGUUGACGCCAAAAAUCCAAGAAGCUGGAACUGAAGUUGUAAAAGCCAAAGCUGGAGGGGGCUCCGCAACUCUUUCUAUGGCAGUAGCCGGUUGGCGAUUCACGAACGCCCUUCUUCGAGGACUGAAAGGGGACAAGAAUGUUCAGUGCGCUUACGUGAAAAACGAUUCCGUAAAAGGAGUGGAGUACUUCUCAACUCCUCUGGAACUUGGACCCAAUGGCAUAGAAAAGAUCCUUGGUGUAGGAAAGGUGAGCCCAUUCGAGCAAGAACUGAUCAAAGAAUCAAUUCCUGAACUCAACAAAAACAUCCAAAAGGGUAUUGCUUUUAAGCAAUCGAAGCAAAUAAUUACAAGAAAUCGAGUUGGGUACUGGCUUGUAAUCCUCAUGUUAAAGCGGAUAGCUCCUUCUGUUCGCGGUCUUCGCACAACAUACAGGCUACUAUCAAGUGACGGCAAGGAUAGUGAAGGGGGGAGUAAGAAGCCUCCUUUGAGUACCAAACAAGUCCUCGGUGAUGAUUUAUUGGAUGCAGUGAACUCUGUUGCAGAAGACUUGCACAAAGAUGAUCCAGCGGCAAAGAAGGAAACUAAAAAUACUCUGAUCUCAAAGCUUAUAUCUCACGAAAAGGCGACAUUCGACGAAGCCACUAAUGCACAAAUGCAAGAGAUGCUCGAUGACAAAGCAAUACAGGGUUUGCUCACUUCUGUGUCUGCUGAAACAAAAGCAUCCAAUGCACUUCCGAACAAGAACGCUUUGUUACGACAGGAGCGAAGAGGACUUCUGCUGCUCAGAAAAGAAAUUUUCUAUCAAGCUGUUCAAAGCGGAGUGAAACCAGUGGAGGCGCAAAAACUAGCGGAGAAUGCUGUAAAUGAGGCUCAGCAACGAAUAAACGCGCAAAGAAAAGCGAAAGCUGAAGGGGUUAAGGCAGAAGAAGAAGCGGAAGAAGCGAAAAAAGUACAGCGAGCCGAAUCCGAGCAAAAAUUUUAUGAUUAUGCCAUGCAGAUGGCUGAAAAAAUGCUUUAUCACGACGACAUGGUCACUUCUGGCAUGAAGGCUCGUAAAACUAUUAAGCCUGAUCCAGCUGUUCCAUCUUUACUGAAGACUACAAAACGACUUGGCAUUUGGAAGAGCCUCGAUGAUUGUCAAGAACUGGAACUUGGAUUUUGGAAAGAAUGGGACUUGCGAGCGGCGAGGAUCAUGAAUCAGUCGCUUGGUCCUGAGAACUCAUUUGAAGAGCAAAUCAAAUGGACUGAAGACGGCAAGCAGUGGCCAUAUCCAAUUGAUAACGAGUAUCUGAUGGGACCUGAAGCUGAUGUUCCCUUCUACGAGCACAUCUUCCUCGAAAGACAUCUUGCUGGACUGGGAUUGCCAAAAGAGGGACCAAUAGCUCACUUUAUGGAGCUUGUAUGCGUUGGUCUCUCGAAGAAUCCUUAUAUGACGCUAACCAAGAAAAUGGAUCAUCUUCAAUGGUUUGCCAAAUUCUUCAACAAAGAGAAGCAAGCUUUAAUCAAAAAACUUCACGAACAGGAACAAAUAGCAGCACAAAAUUCAUAGUUAUUUAUAGGUGUAGAUGUCAUGAUGAGUUUUGAGAUCUGUCCAUUUUUUUACUUAGAUUUAGGAGCUUGUUAUUGUUAUGAUACUGUUAACAUGUAUGUAUGUAAAUACAGUAUGAAUCAAUUUGCGAUACGUUCUUGACUUUGAUAAAAGUUGACAUUUUUGGGACAAACUUUCCGCUGGAUUGAAAGUAAUAUA